AUGGGUGUGCAACAUGUCUUGGCAAUGUUUGGCUCCACCGUACUUGCUGCUUUAUUCUUUUCUGGCGUCGGAACAAUUAUCUUUUACAUUGUUACUGGUGGAAGAGUUCCAUCCUAUGUUGGCUCUUCAUUUGGUUUUAUUGGUGUCGUUGUAUCCGCGACUGGUUUCAAUUAUGUUCCUAAUGGUCCCGGCAACCAACACACUGACGUCGCCGUUGGCGGAAUUCUCGUUUGUGGUUUAGUAUACGGUUUUAUUGGUACAGUAAUUUACUUUGUUGGUCAUGGUUGGAUUGAAGUUGUUAUGCCUCCUGUUGUCACAGGUACUGUCGUUAUGACCAUUGGUAUUCAUUUAUCUACCUCCGCCUUCCAAAAUGCCACCGCUACAACAUUCGAUAGUUGGAUGGCUUUUACCACAAUCAUGCUAAUUUCUCUAGUCAGUGUGUAUGCCCCUGGUAUGCUCAAGCGUGUACCCAUUUUGAUCGGUAUGGUUAUUGGUUACCUUAUUUAUUUCGGUGUUGGAUGGAGUGGUCAUGGUCCUGUCAUUGAUUAUACUGGUGUCUAUGAUGCUCCUUGGUUCGCUGCCCCCAAAUUUGUUAAGCCUAAAUUUGAAGGACAAGCUAUCAGUAUUAUCGUACCCGUCUGUGUUGUACUUUUAGCGGAGAAUUUAGGUCAUAUUAAGGCCGUCGGUGCCAUGGCUGAACAGCCUCUUGACAAGUACUUGGCACGUGCCAUUUUAGGUGACGCUCUUGCUACCAUCGUCUCUGCUUCUGGUGGUGGUCCCGGUACAACCACAUAUUCUGAGAAUAUUGGUGUCAUGGCUGUUACCCAAAUCUUUUCCACUUUGAUCUUUUUGAUCGCUGCUUUCAUUGCCAUCUUUUUAGGUUUCAUUCAAAAGUUCGGAGCUGCUAUUCAUACCAUCCCUUCUGGUGUAUUCGGUGGCUUAUCCAUUAUUCUUUUCGGUUUAAUCACUGUAUCUGGUGCUAGAAUCUGGGUUGAAAAUGGAGUUGACUUUAAGGAUUCUAGAAACAUGUUGGUCGCCGGUAUCCCUGUUGUUCUUGGUGCUUCUAUGCAAACUACUUUAAAGUGGGGCAACUUCCAAUUAGAUGGUAUCGGGCUUCCUACCUACUCAGCCAUUCUUUUAUACCAAAUUUUGCGCGGAUGGGAUGGCCUUGCUAAAAUCUUCCAGCGUAAGAAGAGAGAGAGAGCUAUGAGUAUCAAUUCUCAACAAACCUCUGCUGUAGUAUAA